AGUCAAGAAGUCAAUAUGUCGCCGCUUCGAGAUCAAAUCCUCAAAACCGCACAAGGAUAUCUGGAUGGUCUGAACGAUCCAGGUCCAGAUGCUGCAGGAGUAAUUGCUCUGCGCACUCCAGAUUGCACACAGCGCAUCUUACCUCAGAAUCUCCAGCAACCAGUUCAUACGAACGAAAGCUAUCAGGCAUUCAUGGGAGCUGGAAGCAAACUCAUGGUCAAGCCUCCCAAAUUUGCCUUUGAUAGUGAGCCUCUGGUGGAUGAACAUGCACGGAAAGUGGUGCUGCAUAUGCUGGGAAAGGGAGAGUCACCCUCUGGACCGUAUAACAAUGAAUAUUUCAUCAUUCUGUCCACGACCGACGAUGGAACCAAGAUCAAAGAGGUCGUCGAGUUUCUUGACUCUCGAGCGUUUACGGCUUUGAUUGAGACAUUUACAAAAUUGACCCAGGAAAGCGCAGCACAGUCUUGAGCCUGUCUCUGCCCCCAGUCUAUGAUGAGCUCUGUUGAGGAAAUGUCAAGGUAUUCUAGUAAAGGGUGAUCCGGGCUUGCUUAUUGAUGCGCAUAGAAUCAACAGGCGGCAUAUUCCCUGAGACAUUCUAUCCCAGGUGAGAAAUCUGAGAAGAUAUUCAGUAUGCUGGAGGCGCGUUACACUUUCGGAGGGCGUUCAGUUACAGAAUGUGGUGUUGUGGAUGUGGCGUGGGUUCUGGUCAGAUUGCAGCGCCAGUACAGAAUUGGGUACGAGGGAUG